GGGCGGGGCAGGGGCAGCCCGCGGUACCGGUCGCUGCGCGCGGGGUCCGGGACGCUCCGGCCGCCGCGGUAGGAGGUUGACGUGAGUGUGACCCGCGGUGUUGGUCCCCUGCAAACUGGACGUGGGGAGAAUCUGUAAACGGACUUGCUGGAGCAAGGGGAGGCUGGGAUCCUGCCAUGGCUGCAAAACUCAAGAGAGAUUUUGGCGGCUCUUUGGAUGCCAUCCUUGAUGACCUCCUGGGAUCUGACGAUGAAGCCCCUGCUAAACCCACCAGAGCUUCCCAGCUGGGUGGAAGGGCCCAGAGCACUAGCGUGCAGGCCAGCAAGAAGUCCUUUCUAAAGGAUGAUUUCAUCAGCAAACUCCCUGCAGAGGACACCGGAGCUGCAGAGGGAUCCAGUGCCUCCGACGCGGACGCACAGGCUGUGCUGCAGACCCUGAAGGAUAUAGAGGAGAUGGAAGCCGAUCUCUUGGGAAUAUCGAAACCCAGUUCUGGGCCACGGAAGACAAGCGUGAAAGGUGCUGGGAAGCACGACUCCUUGGGAGGAGCUGGGAAACCACCAACUCAUGAGAAAGAGCCACCCCAGACACCCCUGCACACCGCGACCCCUGUCCGGAGGAGGAGGCGGGAGUUCACGUUUGAAGAGGAUGGUGACGACCUGCUGAAUAUGCUGGGGCUUGACAGUGGCCUGAAGGGAGAUGGGCAGCAGGGAAAGAAGGCGGAAGAAGAGGAGCUGCGGCCAGCCCGCUCCAAGCUGGACGAGUUGCUGGGACGAGGCUCCAUGGCCAAAGUCCUGGAACAGUCAGUCAUGGGAGACCGUAAAGAGUUCCAACUGGAUAAGAAGUGCCAAAAGCAGCCAGAGAAGGAAGAGGGUUGUAAGGAGGAGGAUUUUGUCUUUGGAGCUUACCAGCCCUCAGUGGCCUCGACAGUGAAGCACCGGCCGGCGAGGAGGCCGUCUGUAAGGAGGUUUUCAGCUGAGAACAGCAGCGAACCAAAACCAGAGCCACGCUCCAAACCCCCUCCUGCAAGCAGGAGCCCUGUGCAGGGCAGCAGGACUGGAGGCGACUGGCUGGGUUUGAAAGACAAGGAUUUUCUGGAUUCGGAGCCUCCGUCUCCAGCGAAGGCCAGUCCUGCAGCGAGCGACCCCAGCCCCACCAGCCCGCUCCCAGCUGCAGAGCAAGCAGCAACCAAACCCAGCCCAGUGGAGGAGGAGAGCUGGCUGACGGCUGCCUUGUCUCGCAAGAAAGCCCAGGCAGAGGCAAAGGCACGGGCCCAGGAGAGAAGUGCCGAGCCCUCGGAGGCCCAAGGCAAAGAGCUGGAUCCACACUCUCCCAUCAGGCAGAUGGCCGCCUCCGCAGGAGCCCCGCAGCAGGCAGCUGCCUCGCAGGAGAAGGUAGCGACUGCAGACGGCUCCGGGCAGCCAAUCCCCUGGCUCAGCACCCCAAAAGCAGCCCCAGCUCACCCGUCAGAGGCUGCAAACAAGGUUCCCUCCAGAGACGCCAGUGCACUCGUCCCCACAGCCCUGAUCCUAGGAGAGCAGGAGACGCCGAGCUCUCAGGUGGGCACCCCUCGGGCACAUCUCCAGGCUGUCCCGCAGCAGCAGGCAGUGUCCUCAGCCCUGGGCUCGCUACAGGAAAGGCGGCUGAGGUUUCCCGCACCCCAGCUCUAUGAGGAUGCAUCCGGCUGUCAGGCAGCACUGCUCAGCACCCAGGCCCGUGUGGCAGAGCUGGAAAGCCAGGUCCGGACACUGAAGCUGGAGCAGGCGCAGCACAGACUGUUGCUGGAGAGUCUCCAGCAGCGGCACCGCGAGGACCUAGAACUCCUCGAGAGUGCCCACAGGAGCCGGGUGAAGGUGAUGGAGGAGACCUACGGGCAGCGGGAGGAGCGGCUGCGGCAGGAGAAGGAGCAGCUGGUGGCUCAGCUGCUAUCGCAGAGCCGGGAUGCAGAGCAGGCACGAGCGGAACUAGUGGCACAGCACCAGCAACGCCUCGCCACGCUGGAGCAGCAGAGCGCACUGGAGCUGGAGCGGCUGCGGGAACUGCAGAGGGUUUCUGUCCAAGAGAUGCGCAAAGACCAUGAAGAGCAGCUCCAGCGGCUGAAGCAGCUGAAAGAUCAGGAGAUCGACACAGUGACUAGUGCUGCUUCGCACGCCAGGUCUCUGAAUGGCGUCACUGAGCAGAUGGAGAAGUUCUCCAGUGACCUGCACAACCUUUUGCACAAGGUGGAGGCCAUGCACCACAGUACCUCCCAGGAGCUGGCCCUGGGGGCACAACAUCGCGACCAGCAGCUCAAGGUGCUCCAGGACUGGAUGUCACAGCAGCAGAGGGACAUGGAGGAGGAGCGGAGCCGGCUGCAGGAGGUGAUUGCCAGAAUGGAGAGCAGGCUGGGCGAGCAGACUCGGCUGCUGGAACAGGAGCGAUGGAGGGCAACAGCAGAGCAAUCCAAAGUGGAAUCACUGCAGCACUCGCUGGAGGAGCAGUGGCGAAUCAUGACCCAGCAGCUCUCCAUGGAACGAGCAGAGCUGGAGAGGGCAAAGAGUGCUUUGCUGGAGGAGCAAAAGUCAGGGAUGCAGAAGUGCUCGGAGGAACGACGGAAGCUGGCAGCGGAGUGGGCCGAGUUUCGCACCCAGCAGCAGCUGAGCAGGCAGUGGAUGGAGCGUGAAACGGAGCGCACCUUGCAGAUGCACUCCCAGAGAGAGGGCACCAUCCUGAGCCUGGCCAAGGAGCAGGCAGACCUGAAGAUCUGGAGCCGUGAGCUGAAAGCCAAGGAGGAGCAGCUGGCAAGGGACAGGGAGCUGCUGGAUGAGGCCUGGCGGGAGCUGAGGCUGGAGAAGGAGAAGGUGAACAGGUCUGCACUGCGCAUCCAGCAGCAGGAAGAGAAGAUUAAAAGCAUGACCAACCUCUCAUCCCAGAAGUAUGACCAAGGGGAGAGAGCCUUGCGGGAAGCGUGCAGGAUGGAGUCGGAGCAGCAGGGCAGGCUGCAGGUCAUGCAGCAGCACUUGAAGCAGCAGGAACAGCAUCUGCAUGAGGACCAGCUGAGCAUGGCUUACCAGAGGCAACAGCUCCAAAAGCUAUGUGAGGAUCUGCCCAGCAACCCUGCGAUGCUGCCUACCGCAGAGCAGGACCUCAGUGCCCCUGUGAAAGGCCUCUCCACACUGUCAGCGGCACCGUACAGCAGGGGGGUUCUUCCAGACUUUCCGCCUCCUCUCGGGACGCUCCCUCGGCACAACCUGGGGAGGAGCAGGGAAACCCUGGCCGUGGCUGGCUCCAUGGAGUUCUACAUCACCCUGCUGAAGUACAGCGCCCUGCAGGACCACCGCUUCCUCGAGGAAGAGGAUCUCUUCCUGGAGAGCCUGAGGAAUGCACCUCACCGCACUGCCCCGCGCUCAGGCUGAGCUGGGAGCCAUCGUCCCCUCUCGUCCUCGCUGGGGGCCGCUGUGCCCCCAUCGGGAAGGAAAGCAGAGAAUAAAGAACCCCAUUUCUCAGCUGCGGCGCCCUCCUUCUCUUUAAAACUGUGUUCCGUGCACGAUCCCCGGAGCUGCGGGGCCGCGGGGGCUGUGUGCGCCAUUCCAUUCAUGGGGACGCGGGGCCUUUCCCAAAGCCCGACAUCAGCCUGCCAGGUGAGAAGAGGCUGCGGGCAAAGAAAGUCAAGGAAAGGAAAAAGAUCCUGCAGGAGAACCACCAGGAUGCGGAGAUGGAAAGAGCAGCACGGCUCCAGGCUGGUUGGUGCCCCACCACCCCGUACCUGUCCCGGCCACCAGGGUCCCGGUCACCUCCUGCAGCGUUUCUCUCUCCCGGCAGUGCUGAUCCCCCUCGAUGAAGUUGGAGCGGAGUGGGAGAAGACCAGCGGCCCCUUCCACAAACAGCGCAUGGCAGAGCACUGCGGGAUAUUCCGUGACUUGUUCAAGGGGGCCACGUUCACCCCCUGGGUCUCCCCAAGGGUGGAGUACAACCAAGAAGGGAUGGGGGAGUUUCUUUUGCGGACUUCCUUUUCCACCUCUGUUGUAUAGACUCUGGGAUGAUGUGGGAAAUAGUUGCCUACCAGGAUGCUGCAGGACAAGAGGUUCGCCUGAUCUCUUGUGUUUGCGUCCAUUUCCAGCUAUAGCCUCAAGAUGUGAACCUUUAGCACGUUUGACUUCUACAGAAAGCACGAGGAUGCAAUGACCCCGGCAGGGCUGGCGUUUUUCCAGUGUCAGUGGCACAGCUCCGUUACCCGGGUCUUCCAUCAGCUGCUCAGUAAGAAAUGUGCGGGGAUGCUGGACGGGCCCAAAACGCGAAGGGGCAGUGAACCGAACUGCGGCUGGAGGCUCGUGCCUAGUCCUGGCACUUGUCUAGGGUCUGUUGCAGCACAGCACGGGUAAUUCGUGAGCCGUCCUCCACCAGACUCUCAGCAGUCUGAGGAAACAACCUCUAAAAGGCCAUUUGGAAUGAGCCUUUUAAAAUGUUACAGAGAAGCCUUCAGCCUGGCGUGCUUGACCAGCUGUGGCUUGAGGGCCCCCACUGGUGAAGGAAAGAGCCUGGCGUUUGGACCCGAGACGUGUUACUAACGCUCUGUAUCACCCCUUGCAGAUAUGAGGGGGCCUGUGUUUGAAUUCGUGCGGCCGCCUGUUUACCAUCCUCCACAGCUGAAGUUCCCACGCCACCAGCCGCUGAGGUACCUGGGCAGAUACCGAGACAGCGAGGAGCCCACCUACGGCAUUUACUAGGGGCAUGGCCCCCUCCCAAGGGGAUGAUGGCCGGGCGGAUGGGGCUGCCGGCUUCCCUACAUUCAGGCAGCUCUGGAGCCACCUGUGCCUCUGUAAGGAGGUGGCAAAGUCAGCCCCUCGGCUCCAACUCCCCUGUGUUGGCGGUUGCACAGUGGGAGCGACAGGCGUUUGCUGUGCUGGCAGCCGUGUUGUGGGCAAAGGGCUCCUUGAAGAGGACUUUCACAGGUGAAAGCAGGCUGGAAUCUUGCUGCUUCUGCUGUGGCAGAACUGAUCAGUAAGGGAGGCAGGGUUGAGUCCCCAGAGAUGCCCAGCUUUGCUUCUCUGCAAGGAUCACGGUUCUCCUUUCGCCUGUUUGUGCAACAAACGGAGCCAGGCAGCCUGGAUUCCCUCCGCUUGUAGCGCUGCAAUUCAGGACUGUCAGCUUUCAUUCACGCAGUCCUCUUAAAGAGGUGGCUCUGAUUAAACACACUAUGAGUGAUGCUGGCGGUGCUGCCUUG